AUGUUUACUGCAGAUGUGCUAAAGGAUCCCGAACUAUGGAAGAAAACUUGUAAACUUUUCCGCUUGCACAAGGCUUUCUUGAUAGAAGCUGUGACAGGAUCGUUCAUCCUCCUCCUGACGUUCCUGCGCCAGACUGAUGUGGACAGGUUCUACCACAACCACUACAGGGUGGGGGAGGGAACCCUGUCUCAACAACUCUCACACAUCCUCAUCUCAGACGACCUACAGGACAAGGUCAAGGGCGCCCAGCUGAUCGUGAGGCUCCAGGUGAAGCAUGAAGACUAUAUGCAAGUUCGAAACAGACUGGGGCAAGGACUGGACCGUACCACUUCUGUUGACAACCUGCUGGCCCUCCCAUCCCCUAGCAGACAGGUGGACCAUCCCAGCCUGAGAGGUCUAGACCUGGCUGUGGUCAGUGGACAGGACCAGUCCUGUAAAGAUGAGACCGAUUAUGACUCGCUAAAACUCACAGUCAGGCAAGUACAGACAGCCCUACGGACAGGUAAGGAAAAAUCUCAGCAAGAGACCAGGCAGAUGAUGCAGGAACAGGUGAGCAACCUGAAGAGGGAAGUGACAAGGUUAACACUAGAGAACGAGGGUUUCCAACAAAUUCUCCCUGAACAAAAACAAGAAAUCAAUCAGUUACAGGACAUUAACGAAAAAAUGGCAGCUAGAAUAGAGGAACUGCUCAUGCCCCCUGCCAGCCAGAGAAUGGAGAGUGAGCGUCAAAGGACAUAUGCUGGGAUGGAGAGGAGACAGUCUGAGCCAGAGUACAGAGGAAUAAGACAUAAGGCCAAGGACAAGGAUGAGUUCCUGCGGGCUGCAAGGGAUGGAGAUGUAGAGACUGUGAGGAGGAGUCUGGAGAAAGGGGUGGACGUCAACAUAAAGUCCAUCACCACGGACGGAGACACAGGUCUGCAUGUAGCGUGUAGAGAGGGUCAUGUCAAAGUUGUGGAGCUGCUCAUUAAGAAUCAGGCUGAUCUCAAUGUAGCCAACAAGGACGGAGACACAGGUCUGCAUGUAGCGUGUAGAGAGGGUCAUGUCAAAGUUGUGGAGCUGCUCAUUAAGAAUCAGGCUGAUCUCAAUGUAGCCAACAAGACCGGAGACACAGGUCUGCAUGUAGCGUGUAGCGGGGGUCAUGACAAGGUUGCGGAGCUGCUUAUCAGGAACCGAGCUGAUCUUCUGAGGACUAACAAGGCGCAAGUGUGCUGCGUUUAA